GAUGGACUGGUUGGAUGUCUUUGCAGUCCCAUGGACUCUCAAGAGUCUUCUCCAACACCACAGUUCAAAAGCAUCAGUUCUGCCCCUCGUCCGCGCGGCCUCUGGUGCAGCGGCGCCGCCUCCCGUUCCUGCCGCAGCUCUCUUCCCUUCUUCCCUCCCUGGCGGAUCCCCGAGUUCGCCCGCCAUGGCUUUACUCACUGCGGCCGCCCGGCUCCUCGGAGCUAAGAAUGCAUCCUGUCUUGUUCUUGCUGCCCGGCAUGCGAGUGCUUCUUCCACGAAUUUGAAAGACAUAUUGGCUGAUUUGAUACCUAAGGAGCAGACCAGAGUUAAGACCUUCAGGCAGCAACAUGGCAAGACAGUGGUGGGCCAGAUCAUGGUGGACAUGAUGUAUGGUGGCAUUCGAGGCAUGAAGGGAUUGGUAUAUGAAACAUCAGUUCUCGAUCCUGAUGAGGGCAUCCGUUUCAGAGGCUACAGCAUUCCUGAAUGCCAGAAGCUGCUGCCAAAGGCUAAGGGUGGGGAAGAACCCUUGCCAGAGGGCUUGUUUUGGUUGCUGGUAACUGGACAGAUCCCAGCAGAGGAACAGGUAUCUUGGCUCUCACAGGAGUGGGCAAAGAGGGCAGCUCUGCCUUCCCAUGUGGUCACCAUGCUGGACAACUUUCCCACGAACCUGCACCCCAUGUCUCAGCUGAGUGCAGCAGUUACAGCUCUCAACAGCGAGAGUAACUUUGCCCGAGGGUACACAGAGGGCGUCAACCGAGCCAAGUACUGGGAGUUGAUUUACGAAGACUGUAUGGAUCUGAUCGCAAAGCUUCCUUGUGUUGCAGCAAAGAUCUACCGGAAUCUGUACCGAGAGGGCAGCAGUAUUGGGGCCAUUGACCCUAAGCUGGACUGGUCCCACAAUUUCACCAACAUGCUAGGCUAUACUGAUGCUCAGUUCACGGAGCUCAUGCGCUUGUACCUCACCAUCCACAGUGACCAUGAAGGCGGCAACAUAAGUGCCCACACGAGCCACCUGGUGGGCAGCGCCCUUUCAGACCCCUAUCUGUCCUUUGCAGCAGCCAUGAAUGGGCUGGCGGGGCCCCUGCAUGGACUGGCAAACCAGGAAGUGCUGGUUUGGCUGACACAACUUCAGAAGGAAGUUGGCAAAGACGUGUCAGAUGAGAAGUUACGAGACUACAUCUGGAACACACUCAACUCAGGACGGGUCGUCCCCGGCUACGGCCACGCGGUGCUGAGGAAGACUGACCCUCGGUACACCUGUCAGCCAGAGUUCGCGCUGAAGCACCUGCCUCAGGACCCCAUGUUCAAGCUGGUCGUGCAGCUGUACAAGAUCGUGCCCAACAUCCUCCUGGAACAGGGCAAGGCAAAGAACCCCUGGCCCAACGUGGACACUCACAGCGGGGUGCUGCUGCAGUACUACGGCAUGAUGGAGAUGAAUUACUACACAGUCCUGUUUGGGGUCUCACGGGCACUGGGCGUGUUACCACAGCUCAUCUGGAGCCGAGCCCUAGGCUUCCCUCUAGAGAGACCCAAGACCAUGAGCACAGACGGUCUGAUGAAGUUUGUGGACUCUAAGUCAGGGUGAAACUGAAGGUGGGGAGGAAACUAUCCACCAGAGAGUGAGGGAUCUUUAAAAAAAAAAGUAUACUUUUGUUUCGGGGCUUUUAAAGACUUAAGGUUAAAUUGUAUCUGAGGCACUGAUGAUAAGUUUGAGGUUAAAAUAUAAAUUAAGAUUUUUUUAAAGAAGAAAAGUAACCCCUUCUUCCCCAACCAGCUCCUUUACCCGGCCUGGUAUGAGUUGCCCAUCUACUGUAGGAUAACCAGGACUAAUGCAUGUAGUGUGGGUCAGGUUUGCCCUCAGCCCCACCUUCAGAGUGAGAAUCUGGCUCCUCUUUCCCCAGGUCAAAGUUGGUUGCAGAGAAUCUGCCGUCACUUCAGAGCUUUUGGUUCUACUGUGUCCACCCUUUAAUAGGCCAGCAAACCAGGACCCUGCCCCUUCUGUUUCCAUAGGAAUCAUGUUGGAUUGUCAGCUGCACUAAGCCCCAUUAACCUCUCCCAUGCACACAGACACUUCCUAGCAAGAUCUAUUGGUGAUGCUGUGGCUUUUUUUUUUUUUUUUUUUUUUAA